AUGGAAUCAACUCUCCUCGAGCACCCCCGGAGCCCCAACUUCAUGGACACCCCAUUUGCUUAUGACUCGAUUGCCAACCUCGAGCCGUACUUGCAGUACCCUCAGUCCCCCUAUGGGGUCUCCACGAUGUCCCUCCCUGGACCCUCGUCUUCGUCCCCUCGCUUGGACUUCAAUUCGUUGAACCUUACCAACUCAAUCGGCGAGUACUCUUACUCUUCGAGCACGUCAUACACGACUGCUUCGCCAGGGCGCCCCUACACGCCCCCCGACAACGGUAUCUCACCGCCCGCUGUGUACUCUCUCAGCGCUGGUGAGCUCUCGUCGGACGGCCUUACUUCAGGCCGGCGUAGCCGUGGAAGCGGGACCCAUUCCCCUUCCUCCGUGCACUCCGUUCCUUACUCUGCUGCCGUGCCGAGGUCGCACCGCUUCAACCCUAUUGCGGCGCCUACCACGCGCUCUGCUACAAAGGCUACGCGGAGAAAGUCGAGGAAUGACGACUCUGAUGACGAAGAUGAUGAUUUCCAGCCCACCAUCCCUGCUAACGCCAGCACUGACAUGCGUCGCGAGACGAUUCGUCGUCAACGCAUCGAGUCAGAGCAGAGGCGUCGUGAUGAGCUUCGGGACGGUUACCGCAGACUCAAGGAUGCUCUUCCGGUCUCCAACCAGAAGUCUAGCAAGGUCUCGCUCCUAGACCGCGCUACGACUCACGUCAAGUACCUCGAGAUGACCGCUCAACAGCUCCAGACGAGACUCCAACAGGCUGAGGCCGAAGUACAGCGACUUCGCUCCGUCAACGAGGCGUUGAUGCUCGGCACCGCUGAGCAACGUCACGCCGCUGCUGCCGCCGCAGUCGCAGCAGCAUCUCAGCAAUCACAGUCAAAUUUCUGA